AUGGAGAGAUGGCCGCGGCUUUUUGCUGGGGGAAAACAUAAAAAUUGUGCAGUCCGGGACAGAAUUAAAGAGGAAAAUGGGUCGACUAUUUUGGCUGACAUUGGGGCGUUUAGUGCUGAUUCUGUGGAGUCAAUUUCUGAAUUGCAAGAACUGCAAUACAUGUUGUCUCAGGUUAGUGUCUCUGGUAACAAGGAUCGAUGGUUGUGGGACUCGGAUGAGAGCAAAAGUUUUUCGGUGGCUGCUGUAAAAGAGCGCUUGAGGAGGAAUAGGUACGGUCCGAUGCAGCAAUUCAUGAAGUGGGAGUCUUGGGUUCCUAUAAAAGUUAAUAUGUUGAUGUGGAGGAUUGAAAAAGAUCGAAUUCCGACCCGUAAGGCUUUGGUUAGGAGGCAAGUAAAUAUACCGGACCCUGUGUGUCCGAUGUGUGAAGUUUAUGAUGAGUCUAUAACGCAUCUUAUGAUCGAGUGUGGCUUUGCGGAUGGCAUGUGGGUUGCGGUGUUAAACUGGUGCAAGAUCCGGUAUUCUGGUUUGAUGACAGUGGAAGAAUUGCUGCAAAUUCAGGAUCAUAUGCAGGUUUCUAAGUGGGGAAAGAAGAUCAUUCGGGGCAUUGUUAUGAUAGCGUGCUGGGCUCUGUGGAAGGAACGCAAUAAGAAGGUGUUUGACGGUUCCUCGCCUAGAGUCGUAGAGGUGGUUGCUAGUGUUAAAUGUAUGUCGUUUCUUUGGUUUAAACACCGCUCUAGAUACAAGAAUUGUGGAAUAGUUGGGUAA